UCUAAAAGUGAGUUGAUAAGAACAAGAAUAAGGAAAGACUAGUCUUUUCUCAUAUUUUUAGUCUCCAAUAAAUUUAUACACAGAUCCCCGUGUAAAUGCCAUCCACUAACCCAGCAUUGCUUGCUGAAAUUCAUUCUUUUUGUUUAGAUUAACUUUAAAGAGUCUCAGUUCUGAGAAGAGGGGAGAAGAGUUUUCUUGUAAAGAAUGUUUUUCUACUUCUCAUGAGACUUCUGCAGAAGAGAUAGAUACAUACACACACGCACACACAGAUAGAGAGAGAGAGAGAGAGAGAGAGAGAGAGAGAGUGACUGAGGAAGAUGAAGUCCAUGAAUGAUGAUAAUGAUAACUGUUUUGGUUACACGAAAACGGAAGCUUCUUCUGCUGUCUGUGACAGUGGAUUUCACUCAUCUUUCUCAGUGAUGCCUCUCAAAUCGGACGGUUCCCGUUGCAUCAUGAAACCCCUCUCUACAUCACACAAUCAAGUCAUGGUGCCAAAUUUUACUCCAAGACUGGAGGAUUUCUUGGGUGGUGCAAGUCAUCCAUAUGGAAGCCAUGAAACAGAAGCCAUGGUUCUCAGUUUAGACAGCAUGUAUUAUAAUCAAGAACCCUUUAAGCAACAAAUAGGAGAAGAAAUUAAUCGAGUUCAACAGUAUUAUUCUGCACAAGGGAUUCAGUAUCAUGGUACGUACGCGACAACAAAUGAACAACAACCCAACAAGGAAACUCUAGCUCCACCAAUGUCUGAGACUGAGAGUGAAAUGCCAUGUUUGAAAACCUGGGUUUCACUUGAACAGCAGGUGAAUCCGAGCAUGGUUGGUGUUGGUGUAGAAUCAUUGAGCUUGUCAAUGAGUCCUGCUUCUCAGUCAAGUUGUGUAACUGCUUCAAGACAAAUUUCACCCAUUGAGACUCGAGUUUUUGGCAUGGAAAGCAGGAAAAGAGUAGCUGAGAAAGCGGCAUCAAAACCAAAACUUCAUAGGAAAUCCAUUGAUAACUUUGGUCAAAGAACAUCACAAUAUAGAGGUGUAACCAGACAUCGGUGGACAGGUAGGUAUGAAGCACAUUUAUGGGAUAACAGUUGCAAGAAAGAGGGCCAGACUAGGAAAGGAAAGCAAGUUUAUCUUGGAGGUUAUGAUAUGGAAGAAAAAGCCGCAAGAGCAUACGAUCUUGCUGCACUUAAGUACUGGGGACCUUCAACACAUACCAACUUUCCGUUGGAAAACUACAAGAACGAAGUUGUACAGAUGGAAAAUAUGAGCAGACAGGAAUUUGUGGCACAUUUGAGAAGGAAAAGUAGUGGAUUUUCAAGAGGAAUUUCGUUGUAUAGAGGAGUAACAAGGCAUCAUCAGCAUGGACGAUGGCAGGCUAGGAUUGGCCGGGUUGCUGGGAACAAAGACCUCUAUCUUGGAACUUUCAGCACGCAGGAGGAAGCGGCGGAAGCAUAUGAUAUUGCUGCAAUCAAGUUCCGGGGCGUAAAUGCUGUCACAAAUUUCGAUAUAUCGAGAUACAAUGUGGAAAAAAUCAUGGCAACUGAUACUCUUCCUGCUAGAGAAUUCGCACGGCAAAACAAGGAGACGGAAUCUUACAAAACAGUAGGUCCGGAAGACGAGGAAUGUCGUCUGGUUGAGAAUGUUGGAAAUGUUACUAAUUGGAAAAUGGUGGAAAAUGGUUCUAUCGAAUCACUUGGAGAGAAAACUAUGAAUUAUCAAAGUUCGACUUGCUCAGGAGCUCUGCAAGAUCUGAUUGGGAUUGAAUCAGCCAAUCCUCGAAGACAAAACUUUACGCGUCCAUUGUCUUUAGUUACUGGUUCGAAGGAAACAAGCCCGGAUAAAACAGGAGAGGCUGUUUUCUUUGCAAGGCCUACCUUGGCAAGUAAUUACAUCAACCCGUCGACCAAUGUCAAUUCCUGGAUCCCCAUGGCUAACUUGCCGGUUUUUGCUUCUUGGAACGAUGCCUGACAUGUCAAUUUAUCUUGGUAAAAGUAAUCUUUCUCGAUGAAUUCUGAUACCCUGGCUCUUUAAGAAUUCCAAAGAUCCCUUUCUAGUUUGAAUAGUUUUAGAAGAAAAAGAAAAAAAAAUGUAGAAUUUAUUUGCUUUUCUUUAAAGUACUGGUUUAUCUGUCUCUGAUUGAAUGUUAUCGAAUCUUUUCCUAACUCAAAA